AUGACCCUGCUCAAGUACGCUACGCCACAGAACCUCGAGAAGCUCGGUCCGCUUCUGCAGUGGAAGCUUCUCGCCGUGGCCGCGAUCCCGCUUCUUGUGAUCUUCUAUCUUCAACGGUCCAAGGCCCCUACCCUCGACAUCAAGCAAUUCUCGCACUUCCCCCAGCCGGAAGAGGCGGAUCCGCAAAGAGGACACUGGCCAUGGAUCGAGAAAUCCGCGGGUCUCGGUGAUCCUCGCAGGGCUUUUGACCAAUCUCGCACUUGCACAGAUGAAAUCCUCUACGAACAGGCACAGAAGCUCGGUUUCCCGCCCGUCCUCCUAGUCGACUGGCGCCCGAUCGAGAAGUUCCUGAUUCUCUUCAUUCUGGACAACGAGGUCGCCGAGCAGGUUACCAAACCCUCGAAGCAAUACAGCACCAGCGUACCGAAGCACCCCGCCAUACAGCAUCUGGCUCCUCUGGUCGGCGCGCGUUCUCUUGUUACGACGGAUGGAGAGGAAUGGAAGGGCUUACGCAAGAGAAUCUUGCCUGGCUUCCAACCACAACAUCUCCUUAGUCUGGUGAAGGUCAUUGUGGAAAAGUCGCAGACCUUCAUUGAGCUUAUGGAGCAGAAGGCCGCCACUGGUGAGGAGUUCUGCUUGGAAGGGUACACCACGAAUCUGGCUUUCGACGUCAUUGGUAUCGUCACAUUUGACAUGGACCUUAACGCGCAGAUUGAUGGCAAGCAGAGUGAUGUGCUGUUGACGUACAGCGCGUUGUCGCAGGCCUUCAACAAGCGGGUGCCCGGAAAACACUGGUUGUGGACCUACUUCACCGAGAACGAGCGAACAAUCAGGCGCCUUGACAAGAGACUCGACGGCAUUCUGAAGGAAGAGAUCGUCAAGCAGCACAAGAAGCUGGUCGCCGGCGACGCCACGGCAUCCCGAAGUGUGGCGACGCUGAGUCUGCACGGCAUCGAUGUCCUGACUCCCGAGAUUCUUCAGCAGACCAGCGAUACUUUACGGGGUUUCCUCUUUGCCGGCCAUGACACAACGAGUAUCCUGUUGCAAUGGUGUUUCUACGAGCUUCAUAGGCGCCCCUCUUCGGCGCAAGCUCUGAAGGACGAGCUUGACGAGGUUUUCGGCGCGGACACGAGUCCGAAGUCUGUCAUUGAGCAGCUCUUGAGCCCUGAAGCCGGAAAGCUGUUGAGCCGUCUGCCCUAUACCGACGCAGUUAUCAAAGAGGCUCUCAGACUUCACCCGCCCGGCACGACAGCCAGAGUCGCCCCCAAAGGAUCCAACACCACUCUGACUUUGCCAAACGGGCAACAGCUCGUCGUCGACGAUCUGUGUGUAACACCGCGGGCUUACAUCAUCCAACGUCAUCCCAAGCUCUUUGGCGAGACCAAGGAUGACUUCAUCCCCGAACGGUGGCUCGGAGAAGAGGGGGCUAAGAUCCCGGACAGCGCGUUCAGGCCAUACGAGAGAGGCCCGAGACGCUGUACUGGGUCGGAGCUUGCGAACCUUGAGGUUCGCAUCGUCCUGGCCUGUGUCGCGAGGCACUUUGAAUUCGUCAAGGUCGGCCAGGGCGAGCUGGAGCUGGACGAGAAGGAACAGCCUGUGCUCGACGACAAGGGUUUCUACAAGACCAAGUCAACGAUGUUUUCCACUCACCUUGUCACCGCGAAACCCGUCGACGGGAUGAAGGUGAAGGUUCGCAUCAAUGGUCAGACGCAGUAA